AUGACAGAAAAGGAGGUGCUGGAGUCCUCCUCUUUUCCAUCAGAGGCUCGGAAGGGUGGGCUACAGCGGCUGAAACAGUUGUUCAGGAAGCAGUCUUCAGGGACAAAGGAGAUGGAGCUCCCCCCAGAGCCCCAGGCCAACGGGGAGGCGGUGGGAGCUGGAGGUGGGCCCAUCUACUACAUCUACGAGGAGGAGGAGCAGGAGCAGGAGGAGGAGCAGCCGCCGCCCCCGGAGCCGCCUCAGCGUGUCAAUGACCGGCCUCACAAAUUCAGAGACCAUUUCUUCAAGAAGCCCAAGUUCUGUGACGUCUGUGCCCGGAUGAUCGUGCUCAACAACAAAUUUGGGCUUCGCUGUAAGAACUGCAAAACCAACAUCCACGAACACUGUCAGUCCUAUGUGGAGAUGCAGAGAUGCUUCGGCAAGAUCCCCCCUGGUUUCCACCGGGCCUAUAGCUCUCCACUCUACAGCAACCAGCAGUACGCUUGUGUCAGAGACCGCUCUUCUGCCAAUCGCAAUGACCCUGUGUUUGAAACUCUUCGCACUGGGGUGAUCAUGGCGAACAAAGAACGGAAAAAGGGACAGGCAGAUAAGAAAAAUUCCCUAGCGGCCAUGAUGGAAGAGGAGCCAGAGUCUGCCAGACCAGAGCAAGGCAAACCCCAGGAUGGAAACCCUGAGGGGGAUAAGAAAGUGGAAAAGAAGACGCCUGAUGACAAACACAAGCAGCCUGGCUUCCAGCAGUCUCAUUACUUUGUGGCCCUCUAUCGAUUCAAAGCCCUGGAGAAGGAUGACCUGGAUUUCCCGCCUGGAGAGAAGAUCACAGUCAUCGAUGACUCCAAUGAGGAGUGGUGGCGGGGGAAGAUAGGGGAGAAGGUCGGAUUCUUCCCUCCAAACUUCAUCAUUCGGGUCCGGGCUGGAGAGCGUGUGCACCGCGUAACAAGAUCCUUCGUGGGGAACCGCGAGAUAGGGCAGAUCACACUCAAGAAGGACCAGAUUGUGGUGCAGAAAGGCGAUGAAGCCGGCGGCUACGUCAAGGUCUACACCGGCCGCAAGGUGGGGCUGUUCCCCACCGACUUUCUGGAGGAGAUUUAG